AUGGGCGCGUCAGCCAACGCGUCUCGGCUCACCAUCACAUCAGCCCAGAACUCCCCGACGGCGCACAGCAACAGUAGCAUUCACUCCCUGACCAGACUAUCUCCCUGCAAUUCAAUCAAUCUACUGUUUUGCAUUCUGCUCUCCUGUCUGGGUCUCACUCGCGUGCCUGCAUCCUGAUUCGUAAUCUUUGAAUGCCGGUGGCAUGAUCUAACCGAACUUCUAGACGCGAACUCCUGAUCGUUUCGAUUAGGACCAUCGCUGGAGGCACACCGAAGGCUGCUUGUCCAGAUUCUACCUAUAGGUACUCUCAGAUCUCAUGAUGUCUGAUCCGUCAUUGGGCGCAUCCGAUGGCAAUGUCGCGGCCAAGAGAAAGCGCGACAGCACCGACAGCACCGGCCCGGACGCUCAGCGCCUGAACCGCUCCUCCAACGGGAGCAAUGGCAGUCUCCCAGGCCCCGAGUCCCAGAACUUCGGCCACAGCUCUCUGGGCGCCUACGACACCCACGGCCUCCCCGGCUCCACGGAGCUCAACAUCGACCAGCAGAUCCUACAACACGUCGGCCCGCAGAACGGUAUCUCCGACGACAACGCGCUCACAGCCAAGGCCGCCCUGGCUGCCCACACCCCCCAGAACAAGUACCCGCCGCCUCCCGAGAACGCGUUCGACAGCAACUUGGGGCACAACUUAAAUUUCGGCGAUGAUAUGGGCGGGCCGAUUACCUCUGCACAUGGACAUAAUUCGACUGCGGCUGCGGUCUACGCCGCGCGUGAAGCACAGAGCAUGAACCAGAAGCCUUCCGUGGGUUCGCCCGAGUGGCACCAGAUCCGCAAAAACAAUCACAAGGAGGGUGAGUUCGUCCUCUGUACAGGAUUGUAUAGGGUUGUACCAGAUCAUACUGACCCGGGCCCAGUGGAACGCCGCCGCCGUGAGGCCAUCAACGAGGGCAUCAACCAGAUCGCCCGUCUGGUCCCGAACUGCGACAAGAACAAGGGGGCCAUCCUGCAGCGCGCGAUCGAGUACAUCUGCCAGCUACACGAGGACAAGAAGACUAUGAGCGAGCGGUGGGAGCAAAACAACAUGACGACGAGCCACGCGAUCAGCGAAAUCAGUGCGCAGAACUCCAAGCUUAAGGUCGAGGUCAACCGCCGGGGCGAUGUGGCACUGAAAUGGCUGCAACGCUGCCGCGAUGCGGGCCUCGAGUUCGACGACUUCGAGGAUGCCAAGGACCUGGAAAAUCUGGACAUUGACCAGGGCCAGGUUUGAUUUGACUGACAUCGUCAUAUGUGCUACGACUUGUUUCUGGAGGCCGAGCUGCGCUGCUUUCUCUCUCUCUCUCUCUCUCUCCUUUCCUGAACCCUGAACAGACAGACAUCGCCCGAUCUCCCAGUUCCCCCCUUUUUCUCCCCACUUUCCUCUUUUUUUUCUUUGUUUAUCCAUUC